AUGUUGCAGCUUGUGGUUCGUAACCGUUGUAAAACAAACUACAUUGUUAAAGUUAAUGGUUUAUUGAGACCAAGACAUCGCUCUCGAAUUGGAGGCACUCCAUUUAGGUGGUGUGUUGACAUGGUGAAACUGUUGGAUAUCAAUGGAGUGUUGUUAAAACAUACACUGAGUUGGUGGGUCCAUGAACAUGAAAGUAUAUAUAUCAGGCAACAUUUGGUACGGUUGUCUAUUUUAGAUGUUUGUGUUUGUUUGGGUUUGAAUGCUGUUGGGGUUGAUGUAGAAUUCAAUAAUGUUGUGUGCGGGGUGAUCAAGUCAUUAUUUGAACAUGAACCAAUAACAAUACAUGACAUUGUUAAUAGGAUAUACUUUUAUUUACAAAGUGACGAUGAUGAUGACAAUGACAAUGUAGACAAUGUUUGUCGUUUGUACUUGUUGCUAUGUUUUGCUCUUUUGUAUUUCCCUAGGACUUUUCGGACUGUCACAAACAUGCCAUUUAGAUUGUUGGAUAACCUUGACAACUUGAAUCAAUACAACUGGUCAAGGUCUAUCUAUAGUUUUUUGGUUGAAGGUUUCAAUCAUGCUUACCACACUUUAAGGCAAGAUCAAAACAUGUCUGCCAUAACUGUAGCUGGGUCAGUGGCUAUUUUGCAGCUUUUGGUUGUUCUUCAUUGGGAAUUAACUGAAGAGGAAAAAAACAUUGAUGUUGUUCGUGAUGCCUUAAAUAUUGGUGAACAUGGCAUCCCAAAAAAAGGAAUAGAUGACAUGUCCUUUACUCAAUUUAAGCAAUGGUGCAAAAGGAAGUUGAAAAGAAAUUAUAGGGUCGUUCGACAAUUAAAAGAGCAGCUGAGCAGUAUGGAAGAAGAGUAUGCUCGUGGAGGUGAGGAACCUGACCCACCUUCCUUUCAUCAACCUGAAACCUCUUCCUUUGAUAAAGGUGAUGCCUUUGAUGUUGAGGAGCCACAAUCACGUCAUUUUGAGCAACAUGAGCAAGGUACUCCUGAAUACAAUCAUCAUGGAAUGGAAAUUAUUCCCUUUAUCGAAGCAGAAAAAUGUUCUUUUGAUGUUGACAUAACUCAAUUGAAAGUGGUGGUUGACAUAAAUCACCAGAUAUUAACCAUAGUUGAGUGUUGGGGAUUUCGUCCUCGUGGAAAAAUUUGCAACAUGGCCAUUUUGUUUGCUUGCAACAACUUCAUGUAUAGACAAAGAAAAUUGAAUGGGUCGAUCAAGAGAGUUGUGUUUAGUCCUCUGUAUACGAGCGUAGUUGUUGAAGAUAGUAGAAAGGCCCGUAACAUGGAGAUUUUAUUUGGUUUCCUUUUAAAUCAUUCUAAUGCUGAUAAACCUAAAUUUGAAGUCCUUACCCAAGGCCUUCCCCUACAACCAAAUUUGUAA